AUGAACGCUCAAUUGGGCACAAGGAUGCAGGAGGGAGAGGAGGAAUACAUCAACGUUCUCAAGUCAAAGGUGGAUUACUGCAAGGCUGCACACAAGAGGGAUCCCGACAACGAUUCGGCGCUGGUAGAAUGGGGUUGUACCCUCACGUAUCUUGCAAUGGCAGAGGGCGACAUAAAGAGGAAGAAGGAGAUGCUGCGCGAGUCGAGGGACAAGCUCAACAAGGCGAUGAAGAUCAACCCGGAUGCGAUGACCUCUAACGGAGACUAUGCAAUAUUUCAGCUUGGCAGUGUCUUUUACAUCAACUUCCUGUACGAGGAGGACGACAAGCAGGCUGAGCAGUACUUCUCCAAGUGCAAGCUGUGCUUCAGCAAGGGGGCAAAGCGAUACCCGCACAUUGGCGUCAUCGCGACACCGGAGAAUGCGUACGAGGAGCGAGCGAAUGUGCAAGAAACAGCAAAGCGGAUGCAGGGGAAGACUCAGGAGGAGCAGUUGCAGGAGUACGUGCAGAUGGUGCAGGAGCAGCACGCUGCGCUAGAGCUGAAGCUGAAGAAGAGCCCCGAGGACCCGAACCUGCUCAAGUCGUACGCGCGUUCCCUGCUUGAGCUCUCACAGUAUGACGUGGGUAACUCGACACAGUUGGUGGAGCAGGCGAUAACCCGGCUGAGAAAUUGUCUCGAGAUCGAGCGAAGCACCGAGGCGCUGACCAUCCUGUCGCUCGCCCUGCAGUCGCGAGCUGUGGUGCAGGGUGACGCUGGGAAGUCUCGAAUGGACUUCGUGGAGGCACGUGAGCUGUUCACCGAAGCCAUCACCUUGGAGUACGACACCGUAGUUCAGCGCCAGAUGCUGCUGCAACUUCGAGAUAUGUACAACGUCCCUCUCCUUUGGAAGGAAAGGUUCGCUGAGCACGCAGACAAGAUGGUGAUCGACCCGUUGCCUGACUGGCUGGCUGAUCUGCCGGACAACGCCCUGUCAACCAGCAUGCCAGAGGCCUCGGCGCUCAACACGCGCGAGCUGGUGUCAAACUUGAAGAGGGGGAGCAGGCAAGGCAGCCAACAGUCCCGGCGUGUAAAGAACGAGCAGGCGAAGAGUGUGGCGCCUGCUCCGAAAGUCGCAAAUCCGGAGGAGGUGGAGGAGGUGAAGGAGACAGAGGAACAGGUGCCGUCCUCCGCCGAAGCGAAGAAGAAGAAGAAGAAGCGAAAGAAGACAAAAAGCAAGUCUGCUCCAACCUCUGAGGAUACAGAACCGCAAGCUAGGCCGGCACCCGAGACUUCAUUUCCUUCCGCGACCAGCCUGAGCCUCGUUGGAGUCUGCGCUGCGGCAGCGCUUCUUACCGCCUACCUGGUGAUCCGCAGUCGACGAACUGCUGCCUCGUGA